AUGGCCCCGUAUAUCGACGGGGACGCCCAAAACGGGGUGUCCGCAGCUCCUGAGCCAGGCCGCCUUUGUCAGAUUGUCACUCCCGUCGGAAACCUGGGAUACGGCUUCGUUGAAUCCCAGGUCGUUGCAGAGUUGGAGGGUCUGGCGAGUGUGCCCACUCCCACUGCCAUCAUUCUCGAUGCCGGUUCAACAGAUUCAGGGCCAUCGAGAUUGGCCCUGGGCAUCACAGCCGCGCCGAGAGGCCACUACGUGCGCGACUUGGGCAAACUCCUCAAGCUCGUCACCAAGUACAAAGUCCCGUUGAUGUUCUCUUCUGCGGGCGGCGACGGCAGCGACGAGCAUGUCGACCUAAUGGUGGAUAUCAUCCGAGAACUGGCAGAACUGCCUGAAAACAAAUCCUAUAAACUCAAGGUUGUGUCCGUGUACUCGACCGUCGCGCAUGAUCGGGUCUCCAAGAGGCUCCAAGCAGGCCAUGUCGUCGGUUGUGGACCGUGUGUCCCGGCGCUGACGCAGGAGGACAUCGACGCCACCCCGAGAAUCGUCGCUCAAAUGGGUCCCGAACCCAUCUUGCAGGCGAUGGUCGCGAACCCGGAUUUCGACAUCAUGGUCGUGGGCCGGGCGUACGAUCCUGCUCCAUACAUCGCAUUCGCGGCGUAUCACGCGCUGAAGGGGACUUCCACAGACCUGAAAUCGCUGUCCAAGGAAACUCUCGGCGCGUUCGUGCAUAUGGGCAAGAUCCUGGAAUGCGGAGGCUCGUGUGCCCGGCCCAAGAGCCAGGCUGCCUCGGCGUACCUUUACGACGACAACUCGUUUGACAUCAUCCCCCUGGAUCCGCAGGCCGCUUGCGUCCCGCUCAGCGUCGCGGCCCACACGCUGUACGAGAAGAGCAGACCGGACAUCCUCCACGGCCCGGGCGGGUACAUGGACCUGACCAAGACAACGUACGAGCAGCUCGUCGACGAAAGGACAAUCCGUGUACGCGGCGCCACGUUCGAGGCCUACUACGACCAAGGCGAACGAUACACGGUGAAGCUCGAAGGCGGGCGGCUCAGGGGCUAUCGCACGGUUUUCAUGGGCUCCUUCAUCGACCCCAUCCUCGUCGGCCAGCUGGACAAGGUCAUCGCGCGGAUCAAAGAAUAUGUGACGUUCCAGCACAAGCACAUCACCGAGAAAUGGGACCUCGAGUUCCACGUCUACGGCCGUGACGAGAAUUGGACGGGCGAAGGUCGCCCAUACUCCGGCAGCAAGGGCAUUUUCGUCGUGGGCGAGGCCGUGGCGGAGUCCCAGCACGUGGCGACGAGUAUCUGCGCGUCGGCGCGCAUCGGAUGCAUCCACGCCCCCUACCAGGGCCAGAAAGCCACGUCCGGAAACUUCGGGUUCGGGCUGGGAGGCAAGAACGAGAUCGAGACGGGACCCUGCACCGAGUUUUCGGUCUACCAUCUGCUCUCGCUGGCCGAGGGCGAGGAGGGCGCCGUGGCAGCCGAAUCCCACGAGGCGGGUAUCGCCAACACGGUCGACGGCAAGCCCCUGUUCCACUGGACCACAGUGAGCGUGGGCAAAGGCGAGGCCGAGCCAGCGGCGGCAGCCGAAGACGCCGCGUCGUCCACGAACGGUAGCGCGAAGAAAGACUACAAGCCGGGCAUGUUCGAACUGGCGCCGAUCCCGGAGAAUCCUCGCUUCCUAGCGGACAUUGCGCCCGUCGUGCGGUCCAAAAAUUCAGGCCCUUACGAGAUCACGGUGGACAUCUUAUUCUCGAUGCCGGAGGUGUAUGAGCUGGUCAAGGCUUCGGGGAUUCUUACCACCGAGGUGGUUGCCACGCUGUACGGUUUGAGAGUCGACGAGAUGGUGUGGUGCGGCUUCUUUGAUCAGGCGCUGGCGUUCAAGGCCACGUUCCCGAGGAAGAGGAAUGGUCGGAUGUGUGCUUCGGGGGGUUUCCUGGAGAAUGAUAUGCAUGGGAGCCAGCAGUACAUGAAUUUGAUGGAGUUGCCUUUGGGCGAGGAGCUGGAGGGCAAGUUGGCUAAGGUGUUGAAGACGGCGACGUAG